AUGACUCUUAACAUAUGCUUCACUGAUACACUAUCAAGGAAGUCAAGUGUGGUACAAGAUCAGCCCUUGAAACAGUAUCAGUGCAACAGCCAGUCUCAUAUCACUAUUAGGUCAAUUGCGGCAUAUUUCGACAUAUUCACACCAUGUAGAAAUAGAUGGAAUCAUAUCACCAACAGCAUUUCUACUGUAGCACACGAUACUUACAAGAAAUUCAAAUGUCAUGUCAAGAGUAUUCAUACUCCAUAUCCCUCCCUUACACCCCUAAUAACUCUAAGAGAUGAUAACAAUAUUGUUAUCACAAAGCCAGAUAAGGGACGUGGAGUUGUUAUCCUAAACAGAGAUGACUAUUUUAGUAAACUGAACACGAUACUUAGUGAUUCCUCCAAAUUUAAACCAAUCAUGUCUGACACUGCCACUCAUCUACUGAAAUUAGAAGAUAAACUAAACAGACUCUUACGCUCGAUAAGAACAUCUAUCGGAGAAAUGACUUAUAACCUCCUGACUAUAUCUGGCUCAAAACCUGGUCGCUUAUAUGGCCUUCCUAAAAUUCAUAAAAUUGGUCAGCCUCUACGCCCCAUCAUCUCUGCCAUUGGUACUUUCAAUUACAAUAUUGCAAAAUUCUUAGUUCAAAUAAUAACCCCUCUAACCACCAAUGAAUAUACCAUAGAAAACUCCUUCUCUUUCAUCAAUGAAAUUAGUGACCUUAAACCACUACGGCCUGUCACAAUGGCCAGUUUUGACAUAGAGUCGUUAUUCACUAAUGUUUCCCUCAAUGAAACCACUGACAUAAUUUUAAACAAAACAACCUUCUCACUCUUAAACUCGUAUGGCCUGAACAAGACGACAUACAGGAAAUUAUUGGACAUAACCGCACACAACUCAGUGUUUACCUUCAAUGGCUCUAUUUACACACAGGUAGACGGUGUAGCAAUGGGAUCACCACUUGGCCCUUCUUAUGCCAAUACUUUCCUUUGCCAUCAUGAACAAACGUGGAUGGAUGACUGCCCUGCUAAUUUCAAACCUAUUUUAUAUCGCCGUUAUAUGGAUGAUACUUUUUUACUCUUUGACGACCCCUCUCACAUUAAUCCUUUCCUCUCAUACUUGAACUCACAACACCCCAAUAUAAAAUUCACUUGUGAGACUGAACAAAAUAACAAACUAUCAUUUCUUGACACUUCCAUAACUUUUCAUAGCAAUUGUUUCUACACCAGUACCUACAGAAAACCCACAUUUACUGGCCUUGGGCUUCAUUACCUCAGCUACAUUCCUCACAUUUACAAGUGA